AUGGUGGCCAACUCUCCUAUCAAACUUUAUGCUCAUAUUGGUGUAUUGAUUUUAUGUGUUGUGGCUGGACUGAUUUUCUUUAUCCAAUUUCAUUACAGUGCAAUUAUUCGAAGUAAUUCAUUUGGUACCUCUCCAGAAACAGACACUCUCAACCCAUCGUCCUCAAAGACUAAUGUUUUUGGUGAUGUUGUAGAUGGCCUUCUCGGAGUGUUACGGUCUACAGACAGCAACCAAAUUUCCAUUACUAUAGAUUCUGAUGUUUACAAAUCAAUUGAUCCCAAAGAUAUACUCUCACCCUAUGUUGUUGUGGUUAAGGGUUUACCAAGAGAAAUGACCAAUUUGAACGAUUUUAAAAGUUUUGUAGAAACAUACUUUAAUUUUAAUUUGCCAAUUGAGGACGAGAAUAGCAAAGUUUUACGUGCUGUUUUAAUUUAUGAUUUUGUGGACCGCUUGAAUAUGGCAAUCAUACUUAAACGAGUUGAAGAAGACCUUGACCACUUUUUGCACAUGAAAACGGAGAGAGGUUCUGAACUGAUUCAACUGAAAGAGCACAUUGUUGUGGACGAAGGAAUUGUUGACUCAAAGAACAUUGUGUCCCAAUGCUUUGGAAUUCAAACUCAAACCAAGAAAAUUAAUCUUCUAACGACUGAGGAAGCAAUUAAGCAUUUGGAGUUCAGAAAAAAGAAAAUUAAAAAAGAAAUACAGAAAUGGGACAUUGCGUAUAAUGCCUUGCUACAGAACAAGAGUAUUCCAAAAAUUGACAGCAUUGCGAGCAUUGAAGAACCAAAUGAAAUGGAAGAUGUACAAAUAGAAGAGAAAGCAGAUGAUACAACAAAUGAUCGCAACCAAGAUCCUGUGGCCUCCAUGUUUGUUGGAAACAAAGCUAUUGAAAGUUCUGGUGUUGGAUAUAUAGUUUUCAAAACAGAAGCAGAAGCACAAGAGGCUCUUGGUAGAUAUUUAAACAACCAAAUACGACUUCAGAGCAACCUUGUAAGAAUCUCUUCACUUCAGCACGAACCCAUUGAUAUCAACUGGUACACUGUUUGUAGAUACAACGCCAUCACAGGAUCAAGAUUUGAAGGGGUUGGUACGAACAUACUAAUUCACAUUUUGCUAGUUGCUUUCUUUAUUGUAGCCUCGAGUCCAGCUUCAAUAUUUUCUGCAAUCCAGUCAAUAUUUAACAUUGGAGUCAUCAAAAUGGAAGUUGAAAAAAUUCAAGCAGCAACAGGAAUCGUAGGAAGUAUUUUCUUCCAAUUUUUACCCUCAUUCACCUUGUACUGGAUUUCCAGACUUAUCGGUAUUGUCUUGAGCAAAAUAACCAUGCUUGGAAAAUAUGACAGCAACCAAGAAUACAAGAGAAUAUACAUGCUACGAAAAUAUUGCUAUGUGGUGUUGACCAUUUUAAUCAUGCCAAGCUUGUGGCUUUCUUCAGUCGAUGGUAUUGUCAAUUAUGUGAAAACAGAAGAUGAUUUUGAACAAAUGUUGAAGAAAAUGUUUCUUCCUGCCAGUGGAGCUCUAAUGUUGUCCACUGUUUUGCAGUUUGCAGUAAUCAGCAACAUGGAUGAUCUUAUUAGAACAGAAGACGCAUUUUGGUAUAUUUGGAAAACAAAAUUAUCAUUUUACAGAAAAGCCAAGUCACCACUUGAAAAAUUACGAGCAGCUACAGAUCAGUAUUUUUUCAGUGUUGACACUAAUUAUGCCAAAAUUUUAGCUGUAUUCACAUUGUGCAUGGCAUAUGCAGUGUUUAUUCCAUUAAUUGUUCCUUGUGGAUUGUUUUACAUGAUGAUUAAGCAUUGGUUUGAUAGAUAUCUAAUUCAAGAAAUGUAUGAUGCCUCAGUUAAGCACAGCAUUGAUGUUAUUGAUAACAAACCAAAGCCAUUAGACUAUAUCGCACUUCAGAAAAAGAGCUUUUUACUGCUCAAAAUAUUUACUGCCUCAUUGGCAAUUGCAGACGCGUUCUUAAUUAUCUUUUUCAGUUUGAGAGUGUUCACGGAAUCAACGUUCCUACCUCACUUUAUUUUGAGUGGAGCUGUGUUUGUAUUCUUGCUUGGUGCUCUCUUUUACAUUCAACACAACCAAGACAAAGUGAUUAGAACAAGAGUGAGAGACGAAAUUUCAAAACAAAAUUACUCAAGUUGGAACCACUACGCAAAGGACAUUGCAUUCGUGACACCAUUCGAAAAACAUCAAUAA